UAAUUUAUUCUGUAUUAAUUUAUCUAAAACAUAAAAAGAUGGCUGGGUCUAUUUAACAUAUCACAUUUUUUAAUUAUUUUACUCAAAUCAUAUUUAUAUAACUAAAACUGCUCAAAUAUAUUAGAAUUGAUGAUUAAGGCGAAUGACAAAGUAGUAUCAUAAAAAUUCUUAUUUAGUUAUUUUAUUAACUUAUAUAACCAAAGAAAUAGUGGAUUGUAGAUAUAUUAUGAUAUAUUAACAAUCAUUAUAAAUAAAAUUUAUAACAACAAAACAUCACAUUUAAUUUAUUUUUUUAUUUUCAUAAAAACAAUAAUAUAUAUUGUAGUUUUACUGAAAAUGUCUACUUUAUUAAUUACUUACUGUGAUACCAUACAAACUAUUGCAUUUAAUCGCCCAUUAAAACGUAAUGCCAUAUCCCGACAGUGCUAUACUGAAAUAGUUCAAGCAUUAGAUGAAGGAAAAAAUAAUGAAUCUGUAUCGGUUACUUUGUUAACUGGUGUAGGUAAAUUCUAUAGCAGUGGUACAGAUUUAACAGAUGAAUAUGCCGAUAGAGAACUAAGUUUAACUGCAACCAAUUUAGUCAAAGCAUUUAUAGAUUAUCCAAAAUUAUUAGUUGCAUUAGUUAAUGGUCCAGCAAUCGGAAUUGCUUGUACAACCUUAGGACUUUGUGACCUUGUCUUCGCUUAUAAAACAGCAACUUUUACAUGUCCCUUUCAUAGGCUAGGUUUGACUGCAGAGGGUUGUUCAACUAUUACAUUUCCAUUAAUUAUGGGAAAAUUAAGAGCUACUGAGUUUUUAUACUCUGGUAGGACAAUAACUGCAAGAGAAGCUGUAGAAUAUGGAUUAGUUAACGAAAUUAUUGAAGAUGGACCAAUAGGACUAGAUAAUUUAAUUAAAAGACUAACUUCUCAAAUAGCCAAGCAUAAAUUGCCAGUAAUUUAUACAAAGUCUAUGAUAUUGCAAGGACUAAUUAGUAAAAAAGAACUUCAUGCAGCCAAUAAAAGAGAAUGUGAAAGACUGCAGGAAAGAUUCAACUCGAAUGAUUUUCAUCAAUCUAUCAUUGAUUUUAUAAAUAGAAAAGACAUGAAAAAUAAACUUUAAGUUAUGAUCUCAAUUUAAUAUUUCAUCACAAUUAAUGGAUGGGUUUUUUAUUUUACAUCAGAUUUUUCAUACAAAUAUAAUUUAAGUUAGUAAUAUUAUACAUCACAAAUUUUAUAUUUAGUUUUAAAAUGAUUUUUAUUAUUAUUUAAAUUAAAUUAUGUUUAAUUUACAUGAAGAAAUUUGUGAUAAUCUAUUUUUUAUUGUUUUUUUUUAUAAUUGUAGUAGAGUUUUUACAUAUUAUUGUUGUUUAUUGUAUUAUAAUUUAUUAUACAGAUAUAAUAAAAUAAAUAUUGGUGAUAUGAA